UGGAUUUAUCUACUAUCAUAAGGACAGUUGGAACUCGCAAUGUAGGCCAGCCCAGCACAGCACCGUCAUGGCCAUCUCAGUGGAAGAUGUCACCAAAGUACCCUUCUACAAUUUCCAUGACCCUAUCCCAUUACCACCACCACCCUCCUUAACACGUAAACUGCCAACUUUCAAAACAACACUCCCUAGUCUCUACUCAUCUACUAUACUCCUAGAAUAUUCAGAGCCAGCUGCAGUUCCAGCUCCACCACCACCACCAAAACCAAACCUCUUCUUAAUCCUUCCCCCGGAACUCCGCCUCCUCAUCUACACCCACCUCCUAACCAACAAGCACCACCACCGCCGAACCCUCUCCGUCGCUGACAACAUCACCAAUGCACCACCCUCAACCCAGUACCCAAUCCACCUCCACCAGCACCACAACAAAACCAACAACCUCCACCCCUCGGUCCUCCUAACCUGCAAACAAAUCCACGCCGAAGCCCUCCCCAUCCUCUACACGCACAACACCUUCUCAACAACGCACCCAACCCAACUCCACCACCACCUCACCUCCAUCGGACCGCUCAACACCUCGCUCCUCCGCUCCCUCCACAUCUUCGUUCCCUGGAGUAACUCCAGCUCCACCAUCUGGUCGUGGAUCGUCCUCCUCCAUAACCUAUCCGAGCACGCGACCGGUCUAAGAUAUCUCGAGAUAGGAUGGGACACGAACAUUCCCUGGCUCACGCACAUGGAACCGGGCGAUGAGGCGAGAGGCCUCGGGGAUAAUAUCCUCUUUGUGCAUGCGUUGGCGAGGCUGAGGCAGUUGCGGAGGUUGAAGAUUUAUGGGUUCUUUGGGGUGGAGUGGCCGGGGUAUUUGAGGAGGGAGUUGGGAGGUGGUGGGACGGUCGUGGAGGUUGAGUGUGGGUUGGUUAGGUCGGUGGUGUUGGAGGGGGGAGGAGAUGAGGUGGGUGGUAGUAGUAGUAGGGGUAGGGGGGCUUUGGAGAAAGCGAGGGUGGAGUGGGAGGAGAAUAUGAAGGCUUUUGGGCUGUUUCAGAGGGGGACGGUGGGGGUUGUGCCGUAGGGAGGGGUUUAUUUGUUGUGUAAGUUGG